UGUUCCGGAAGUAGAAAUUGCAACAAACCACUUCCGGUGGUGUUCCCUUACCAUUAUUUGUUGAAGAAGCAGGCUGUAAAUUUGCAGCGGGGCUUUGUUAUGAGGAGAUCCGGUCAAUGUUGGGAUCAUAGCGUGUAGUGGAUUUUUGUUUGUGUUGUGUUAAAGUGAAGUGUUGGGGAAUCCCUUGCGGUAGUGCUACAACAGCAGGUUCUCGACGACAGGAUCCCCCGUGGACGGAAUACCUCGUUACACCCAGCUCGGGUUUACACGCCGGUCCUAUUUGCCAUUAACAACGCGGCGACAUCUUUAUUGGGAAUCUCCGCGUAAACCUAAAGAUCUUCGAGCGAUUGGGGCGUUCUUUGGUGCAUUUCGACCGCGCUUAGAAGUUCGUUUUAGGUUUAUCACCGGGUGGCAUUGGCCAUGAAAGGCACAGGGCAGAUGGUGCUGAUCCUCCAUCUUCUAGUCAUUUCUCUUCUUCAAACGGAUUCAAGAGUGAUCAUCAGGAAUGAUGCGGACAAAGAUGUACGACUUGGACGAAGACUACUUGAGGAAAAUGAGGACUACUUGGGAAUCAGCGCAGAGGAGUUAGAAGGAAGUGGAGUUGACAGUACUGCUAGUACAACAUUAUUCAAUUACAUAAACACAAAAGAAUCUACAACGGCAGCAGCAACAACAGCAGAGCUAGCCAAAACAUCAGAAACCACAAAGGAUACAAUUAAGACCACUGAUACGCUAGGGACAACCACAACGCCCAAGACUACAGUAGCACUAGAGACCACCGCUGCACCUGAGACCACUAUGGCACCCGAGGCCACAACUGUGACAGAUACCACUGUGGCACCCAAAACCACUUCUGUACCAGAGACCACCUUGACACUUGUGACCACUGCAGCACCCGAGACAACAGCUGUGCCAGAGACCACUGCGGCACCCGAGACAACAGCUGUACCAGAGACCACUGCGGCACCCGAGACAACAGCUGUACCAGAGACCACUGCGGCACCCGAGACAACAGCUGUACCAGAGACCACUGCGGCAUCCGAGAUCACAGCUGUACCCGAGACCACUGUGGCAUCCGAGACAACAGCUGUACCAGAGACCACUGCGGCACCAGAGACUACUGCAGCACCAGAGACAACUGCUGCACCAGAUACCACUGCGGCAUCCGAGACCACAACUGUACCAGAGACCACAGCAGCACCAGAGACCACUUCUGCAUCAGAGACCACUGCUGCACUAGAGACCACUACAGCACCCGAGACCACUGCGGCCUCCGAGACCACAGCUGUCCUAGAGACCACUGCCGCACCAAAGACCACUGCUGCACCAGAGACCACUGCUGAACCAGAGACCACUGCAGCAUCAGAGACCACAGUGGCAUCCGAGACCACAGCGGCAUCCGAGACCACUGCUGCACAAGAUACCUCUGUGGCACCUAACACCACUGUGGCACCGGAAACCACUGCUGCACCUAAAACCAUUGUGGUACCAAAGACCACUGCUGUACCGGAGAUCAAUGCGGCAUCCGAGAAAACUGCUGCACCAGAAACAAGCGCAGCACCCAAAACCACUGCUGCACCAGAGACCACUACUGCAUCAGAGAUCAAUGUGGCAUCCAAGACAACUGCUGCACCCAAGACCACUACUGCAUCAGAGAUCAAUGUGGCAAACAAGACCACUGCUGCACACGAGACCACCGUGGCAACCAACACUACUGCUGCACCCGAGACCACUUCUGUACCAGAGACCACCGCGACAAACACAGCACCUGAGAAAACUGCUGUACCCAAGACAACUACAGCUCCAGAGUCAACUGAUGCUUCAAAGACUACUGUAGAAACACAACAAACAACGUAUUCAAGAGACCCUGAAAUUUUGGUCACAAUUUCAACUCAACCUAAGAAAGCACCCGAGAACACUGUUGCACCAGAAACCACUGUUGUACCAGAGACUACUGUUGUACCAGAGACUACUGUUGUACCAGAGACUACUGUUGCAUCUGAGACUACUGCAGAAACACACCAAACAACUUAUCCAAGAGACCCUUUACCUGAAAUGUUUGUUACAACUCAAUCUAAGACAGCAACAGAGACCACUGAAUCACCUGAGACAACUGCAGAACCUGAAACAACUGCAGCACCAGAGACAACUGUUGAACCCGAGACCACUAAAGCACCAGAGAGCGCUGCAGCACCUGAGACGACUAAGGAACCUGAGACUACAGCUGCACCAGACACAACUGCUGCACCCGAGACUACUGUGGCACCUGAAACCACUAUUGCACCUGAGACCACUGCUACACCUGAGACAACUGCAGCACCUGAGACCACUGUGGCGCCUGAGACAACUAUGACACCAGAGACUACUGCAGCACCUGAGACAACUACUGCACCUGAGACAACUGCAGCAUCUGAAACCACUGCAGCAUCUGAGACAACCGCAGCACCUAAAACCACUGCUGCACCAAAGACAUCUGCAGCACCAGAGACCACUGCAGCACCUGAAACCACUGCUGCACCUGAGACAACUAUGGCACCAGAGACAACUACUGCACCAGAGACCACUGCAAAAACUGAGACAACUGUAGCACCUGAGACAUCUGCAGCACCAGAGACAACUGCAGCACCUGAAACCACUGCUGCACCUGAGACAACUAUGGCACCAGAGACCACUGCAGAAAUUGAGACAACUAUGACACCAGAGACAAAAGCAGCACCUGAGACCACUUCUGCACCUGAGACAACUGCAGCACCUGAAACGCCUGCUCCACCUGUGACAACUAUGGCACCAGAGACCACUGCAGCAUCUGAGACAACUAUUGCACCUGAGACAUCUGAAGUACCAGAUACAACUGCAGCACCAGAGAACACUGCUACACCUGAAACCAAUGCUGCACCUGAGACAACUAUGGCACCAGAGACAACUACAGCACCAGAGACCACUGCAGAAACUGAGACAACUAUGACACCAGAGACAACUGAAGCACCUGAGACCACUUCUGCACCUGAGUCAACUGCAGCACCUGAAACCACUGCUGCACCUGAGACAACUAUGGCACCAGAGACAACUGCUGCACCAGAGACCACUGCAGCAUCUGAGACAACUGUGGCACCUGAAGCCACUGCUGCACCUGAGACAACUGCUUCACCUGAGACAACUGCUUCACCUGAGACCACUGAAACACAUGAGACGCCUGCUGCACCUGAGACCACAACCAAACCGGAGACCACUGCUGCACCUGAGACAACUGCAGCACCUGACACAACUGUGGCACCUGAGACAACUGCAGCAUUUGAGAGAACUGCAGCACCAGGGACCACUGCAGCACCAGAGACCACUGCUACACCUGAGACCACUGAAACACCUGCUGCACCAGAGACAACUGCUGCGCCUGAUACCACUGCUGCACCAGAGACCACUGCUGUACCUGAGACCACUGCUGCAAUUGAGACAACUGCUGCACCUGAGACAACUGCUGCACCAGGGACAACUGCUGCACCAGAGACAACUGCUGCGCCUGAGACCACCUCUGCACCAGAGACCACUGCUGUACCUGAGACCACUGCUGUACCUGAGACCACUGCUGCACCAGAGACAACUGCUGCACCAGAGACUACUGCUGCACCAGAGACAACUGCUGCACCUGAGACAACUGCUGCACCAGAGACUACUGCUGCACCUGAGACAACUGCUGCACCAGAGACCACUGCAGCACCAGAGACCACUGCUGCACCAGAGACCACUGAAACACCUAAGACAACUGCUGCACCUGAGACAACUGCUGCACCAGAGACAACUGCUGCACCAGAGACUACUGCUGCACCAGAGACAACUGCUGCACCAGAGACUACUGCUGCACCUGAGACUACUGCUGCACCAGAGACUACUGCUGCACCAGAGACCACUGCUGCACCUGAGACAACUAUUGCACCUGAGACAACUAUUGCACCUGAGACAUCUGAAACAACUACAGCACCAGAGACCACUGCAGAAACUGAGACAACUAUGACACCAGAGACAACUGCAGCACCUGAGACCACUUCUGCACCUGAGUCAACUGCAGCACCUGAAACCACUGCUGCACCUGAGACAACUAUGGCACCAGAGACAACUGCUGCACCAGAGACCACUGCAGCAUCUGAGACAACUGUGGCACCUGAAGCCACUGCUGCACCUGAGACAACUGUCUCACCUGAGACAACUGCUUCACCUGAGACCACUGAAACACAUGAGACGCCUGCUGCACCUGAGACCACAACCAAACCGGAGACCACUGCUGCACCUGAGACAACUGCAGCACCUGACACAACUGUGGCACCUGAGACAACUGCAGCAUUUGAGAGAACUGCAGCACCAGAGACCACUGCUACACCUGAGACCACUGAAACCCCUGAGACAUCUGCUGCACCAGAGACAACUGCUGCGCCUGAUACCACUGCUGCACCAGAGACCACUGCUACUACUGCUGCAUCUGAGACAACUGUGGCACCUGAAGCCACUGCUGCACCUGAGACAACUGUCUCACCUGAGACAACUGCUUCACCUGAGACCACUGAAACACAUGAGACGCCUGCUGCACCUGAGACCACAACCAAACCGGAGACCACUGCUGCACCUGACACAACUGCAGCACCUGACACAACUGUGGCACCUGAGACAACUGCAGCAUUUGAGAGAACUGCAGCACCAGAGACCACUGCUACACCUGAGACCACUGAAACCCCUGAGACAUCUACUGCACCAGAGACAACUGCUGCGCCUGAUACCACUGCUACCACUGCUGCACCAGAGACUACUGCUGCGCCUGAUACCACUGCUGCCACUGAGACCACUGCUGCACCAGAGACCACUGCUGUACCUGAGACAACUGCAGCACCUGAGACCACUUCUACACCUGAGACCACUUCUACACCUGAGACAACUGCAGCAUCUGAGACCACUGCUGCACCAGAGACCACAGCUAAACCGGAGACCACUGAAACACCUGCCGCAUCUGUAGUAACAGCUGAAGUUAUUACUGAAAGCCUGUCUACUGCUGAGCCACAAGUAAAAUUUACUACUGCCGCUCCUAUAUCAUCUGAGAGCCCUGAAACUACAGCCGCUGUUACAACAGCAUCGCCAACUACUGACGCACCCAUAACAAACAAACCAACUACAAAAGAUGCGAUUCCUGAUGUAUCCACUGUUAAGCCCACUACUGAUGGCAAUAGUACAAUUGGGAAGACAUCGGGGACGAAUGGAGGAAGCAAUGAUACAGGCGUGGAAGCCCUCUGCAAAAACACAUUCUGCAAGAAUGGAUAUCAGUGUACUGUCAAAGACGACAAGACAACCGACUGCUUCUGCCCAGCUUUAUGUAGCGACAAGUACGAGCCUUUGUGUUCCGUCUACCUGGAGGAGUAUAUCAAUCGAUGCGAGCUGCACCGCUACGCCUGCACGCUCAACAUCAAUGUAGGAGUGAAGCACCAGGGGAAAUGUUCCGAUCCCCGCGCAGUCUCCCAAGUGGACCAAAUGGCUGAGAGCAUCCUCACCCCAACGAUAGCCUGCCCCAGGGGGGAAGUGAUGCAAUUUGCUGAGCGCUUCCAGGAGUGGGCCAUGAUCAACAGGGAGCGACAGGAAUCAGCAAACCCAGCCAAUGUAGACCUGAACUCGUCCAUCCAGAACGCACGGCUAAACGGACUCACGCCAUUUGAAAGAAGACAGAUUCUUAAGUAUCAAUUCGACGCGAUCGAUAGCAAUUAUGACGGCAGCCUGACCAAGGAGGAAAUUAGCAGCUUCUUGCGGGCUCUUGUGUAUGAGCACUGCCUUUAUGGAUUCCUUCUCUCGUCCGACAUCGACCGAAACGCCGCCAUCGAUCGGGAGGAGUGGUAUGAGGCAUUCAAGCUUAUAGGUGAGAAUUAG